UUCCUCUCGCCUCAGGAAAACCAAACUUAGUUUUCCUUUUUCUAAUAAAUUCCCAAUUUUAGUUUCUUCCCCCUCCCCGGCCCCUGAAUUUUUCCAGCAAUGGAAGCCAGCCAACUCGAGAGCUGCAAUAACUACAACGGCCAUAUUCCGGUGGAUAACCAUAUUUGCGUCAAAAACAAGGACCCAUUGCAUUGGGCCGCCGCGGCGGAGGGCCUCAAAGAGAGUCACUUGGAGGAGGUGAAGCGGAUGGUGGACGAUUACCGGAGGGCGGCGGUCCGCCUCGGUGGGGAGAGCCUCACCAUCGGGCAGGUGGCUGCGGUGGCCUUGCAUGACGGUGGGGUCAAGGUGGAGCUUAACCACUCUGCCAGAGCCGCGGUCAAAGCUAGUAGUGAUUGGGUGAUGGAAAGCAUGAAUAAAGGUACCGACAGCUACGGUGUCACCACUGGUUUUGGUGCAACUUCCCAUAGAAGGACAAACGAAGGAGCUGCCUUGCAAAAGGAGCUCAUUAGAUUCUUGAAUGCCGGAAUAUUUGGGAAUGGAACAGAGGCGAACCACACGCUGCCACAUACCGCUACAAGAGCCGCGAUGCUGGUUAGAAUCAACACCCUUCUUCAAGGCUAUUCGGGUAUUAGAUUCGAGAUUUUGGAGUCUAUUACAAAGCUCCUCAACCACAAUGUCACGCCCUGUUUGCCGUUGCGCGGCACCAUCACUGCGUCGGGUGAUUUGGUUCCCUUCUCUUACCUUGCUGGCUUGUUGACUGGUCGACCUAAUGCCAAGGCUAUCGGGCCGGCUGGGGAGCAGCUCGAUGCUGGAGCAGCCUUUCAACUCGCAGGCAUUGACAGUGGUUUCUUUGAGCUGCAGCCUAAAGAAGGUCUCGCACUUGUUAAUGGCACGGGCGUUGGCUCUGGUUUGGCUUCCAUUGUUUUGUUUGAAGCCAACAUUUUGGCUCUUUUAUCAGAAGUUUUGUCAGCAGUUUUUGCUGAAGUUAUGCAAGGAAAGCCCGAGUUUACUGACCAUUUAACCCACAGAUUGAAGCACCAUCCUGGUCAAAUUGAAGCUGCGGCGGUUAUGGAGUAUAUUUUGGACGGGAGUGCUUUUGUCAAAGAUGAUAAAAAAUUACAUGAAAUGGACCCUCUUCAAAAGCCGAAGCAAGAUCGUUAUGCUCUUCGAACUUCUCCUCAAUGGCUAGGCCCUCAAAUUGAAAUCAUCCGACAUUCAACAAAGUCAAUUGAAAGAGAGAUCAACUCAGUGAACGACAAUCCACUUAUUGAUGUUUCGAGGAACAAAGCCUUACACGGUGGCAAUUUUCAAGGAACUCCAAUUGGGGUGUCCAUGGACAACACAAGACUAGCCAUAGCCUCAAUUGGGAAGCUCAUGUUUGCUCAAUUCUCCGAACUAGUCAACGAUUUCUAUAACAAUGGCCUACCUUCGAACCUCUCUGCUGGAAGCAACCCAAGCUUAGACUAUGGAUUUAAAGGAGCCGAAAUCGCCAUGGCUGCCUAUUGCUCAGAGCUGCAAUUCUUAGCAAAUCCCGUCACCAACCAUGUCCAAAGUGCGGAGCAACACAACCAAGACGUGAACUCAUUGGGUCUAAUUUCUUCAAGAAAAACAGCUGAGGCAGUAGAAAUCUUGAAGCUGAUGAGCACAACCUUCCUAGUUGGUCUCUGCCAAGCCAUAGAUUUGAGACACAUGGAAGAGAAUCUGAAGAGCACUGUGAAAAACACAGUGAGUCAAGUGGCCAAGAAGGUUCUAACCAUUGGAGUAAACGGAGAGCUCCAUCCUUCAAGAUUCUGUGAGAAAGAUUUGCUCAAAGUCAUUGAUCGGGAGCAUGUUUUUGCCUACAUUGACGACGCGUGUAGCAUGACAUAUCCUUUAAUGCAAAAGCUGAGGCAAGUUCUGGUUGAACAUGCUCUGAACAACCAUGAAGAUUUGAAGAAUUCAAAAUCUUCAAUCUUUCUAAAGAUUGGAGCUUUUGAGGAAGAGCUAAAGACCCUUUUGCCCAAAGAGGUAGAAAGUGGAAGACAAGCCCUUGGAAGAGGCAAAGCAGCAAUUUGCAACAAGAUCAAAGAAUGUAGAUCUUAUCCACUAUACAGAUUUGUAAGAGAAGAUUUGGGAACUUCUAUUUUGACAGGGGAGAAGGUGAAAUCCCCUGGGGAAGAAUUUGACAAAGUUUUUACAGCAAUUUGUGAGGGGAAAAUCAUUGAUCCUCUGCUUGAAUGCCUUGAAUGUUGGGAUGGGACUCCUCUUCCUGUAAAUUAGAAUACCACUGCCAUGUGGCCACUGUCCUCUGUAUUAUUAUUUCCUAUCAAUUCACUGUCUUCAACUUUUGUUAUCAAGUGGCUGCCAAGUUAGCCCUCUUCUGUUAAAACUGUGUAAAAAAGAACUUUUAUUGAUGACAAAAUAAGCUUGUGGGAUGUCUGUA